AUGUCUUCGAUAAAAGCUGCUGUAGCUAAUAAGGUUAGUGAUGGUCCAUAUUCCACUAGAAUUGUGGAAGUACCCAAGCCAAAGGUCUCAGAUUCAAGUAUCUUGAUAAAAACGGUUGCAAUAGCUGUUAAUCAGAUUGAUUACUUAUUGCUUGCAAAUAAGGUUCCUAAGGAUGGAAAUAUCGUGGGAUGUGAAUUAAGUGGGAUUGUUGAUGAAGUUGGUAGUAAAGUUUCACAAGUUCAAGUGGGAGAUUACGUCUCCGCAUUUGUCGCAGGAGAAUGGUAUGGAGUUGAAGGUGCAUUUAGUGAAUUCGUUUCUGUUACUGAAACUGCUGUUAUAAAGCACGAUAAGGCAUCUUUCAAAACCAAUGCAUUGAAGCCUGGACCGUAUGAAGCAGGUCCAGUUGAUUCUUUUGAAAGUGCAGCUUCGCAGAACUUUUCGCUUGCUACUGCAGCAGUUUCAUUUUGUCAUGAAUUAGGGCUUGAAGCCAAUCGUGAUUAUUCUGAUGAAACCAUAUUGAUAUGGGGAGGUGCAACAACUGUUGGAACCAUUGCAAUUCAAUUAGCUAAAAAAAUCUACGGCUUGAAAGUUAUUACGACUGCUUCACCUGGCAAUAAGGAUUUCUUGACUAAUUUGGGCGCUGAUGCCGUUUUUGACUAUCACGAUCAGGAUGUUAUUCAAAAAAUCAAAAGCUACGACAAUAACAUUAAAUAUGGAUUGGAUUCAGUAGGAAGCGUUCCUACGUUUCAAGGGGUUUACGAUGCUACAGUCAAUAAUGCAAUUAUUGAUAAUGUGUAUUUAGUUUCUUCUACUGCUUUGAAAUUAGACCCUAGUCGAAAUGUUGAGUUUAAGAGGGUGUUUGUUCACCUAGCAAUAUGUGAUUCCCAAUUUCAAAAUGGGGACCCAAUCAAGACCACACCUGAGUUACUUGACCAUUUCAGAACCUUUUGGUUCGAUGUUUUGCCCAAGCACUUUGAUCAACUUAUAACCACCAAUUUAAGAGUUUUGGAGCCGGGUCUUCCAAGUGUUAACACUGCGUUGGAGUUGUUUGCUAACGGGGAAAUACAUGCUGAAAAAAUUGUAUUCCGAAUCAAGUAG